AUGGAUGAGAAUGGGGAAAAACUAAAAUUAGCUGAUUUGUGGAACCUACCACAAGGGCAACGAGUUGUUGUAGAUUGUAAUACUCAAGGGCAACCUAUCGGAAAUGAAGGUGGAUUGUUGGCUCAAUUUUUGGGAACAAUAGCAAGAAAUGGAGGAAUAUGCACUUUAAGUUAUAAAGAUUGGAGAUAUGUUCAAAAGGAUGCUAACGAUGAUAUAAUAGCACAAGUGAAGGAAAAGUUUCUAUAUCCAGUCAGAAUCGAGAAGUGGAUCAUGAAGUCAACUGGAAGAAAGUGGAGGGAUUAUAAGUGCGAUCUUAAGGCUGCGCACUUUGAUGAACAUGCUAGCCUGAAGGAGUUAUAUAAGAAAGUACCUGAAGAUGUGAUUAAGGAUCAAUGGAUUUAUCUUGUAGACUUUUGGACAUCAGAUGAAGGAAAGUUACGCAGCUCAAGAACUCACACUGCAGGAACAAAGAGUUUUGCUCGUGUUGCAGAGGAAAUGAGGAAAUAUGAUCCACAAAAGAAAGAGCCUCAACAUGUUGAAGUUUAUUUGAAAACUCACGUGUAUAAGGAUAGAACAUUCAUGGAUAGAAAAACAGCGAAUGAUUUGAAGAAAAAGCUAAUUGAAACUUCGGAGGGAUCAACAUCACAACGAAAAAUUGCAUGGCAAGGUGAUCCUUACUCUGAAAUCAUAGGAAAAGACAAGCGCGGAUAUGUGCGUGGUGUAGGAAUGGGUCCUACGCCUAAAGAUAUUUUAAACUCAUCUUGUUUGCGUCGAUUUGAGGGUUUAAGGAUGACAAAUUUUGACGAGACAAUAGUUGAAGAAAACAUACGUCAAAUGAAGGAGCAAAUGGAGCGAUUGAAGAUGCAAGUACAAGACCAAAACAAAAUUAUCUUAGACCAAAACAAAUCUAUUGCUGAGUUGAAAUAUAUGGUGCAAUACUUGGCAAAUAAUCAACCAAUGCAGCUCUUAAUGCCAGUUGAACCGAAUAUCCAAGACAUAGGUGGUAUUGAAAAAUUUUCGAAAAGAAAUACUUCAGGUUCGGCUAACUUUGGUACUAACUCAAAGCUUAAAAGGCCUAUGCGCUCUAAGGAAAUUAUUUCAGACGCAUCUAGCGCUCGUAAUAUUCAUCCACAACCUCAUUGCCCUUUAGGUUCAACAUCUUAAUUGCCGAGCUCACUACGACUGGAUCUAAUAUGAUAUUAUUAGCUUUUGUUUUCAUUUCUCUUUCUCUUGGGUUGAAAAGCUAGAAAUUGUUGGUACUGUGAUUUAGUGACUAAAUACUCGCUUAAAGAUAUAUGGAUACUAUCUUGAGACAUU